GCCAUGCGAACACGCUCGCCACAUGGCGCGUCGCCUGGCGCUGCUCGCGCUCCUCGUCUGCGCCGCGGCGGCCCUCCGACCGCUGGCCUCCGUCGACUCCGCCGACUCCGACUCCAUGGACCCCUUCACGCUGUGGGAGGAGUUCGACGACACCGUCGACUCGGGCCCGCUGUCCCGCCGCGCGCCGGCCAAGCAUAAGACCAAAGUGAUCCUCAAACCGCCCCCGAAAUCGACCUCCACCAGGAGACCUGCGACGGCUCCGCCCAAAGUGAACGCGACGACCGAGCGAGGAUCGGUUCGGCGGACGAACUCGACCGGUGACAGUGAUAAAAAACGACGAAAGGUAGUGAAGACGACCAUCAAUAUCGCGAGCCACACGAACUUCAUAGUGACGGACCGCGUGCCGAUCAUGUUCCCCGUGUACCACAACUACUCGAGCCCGACGCUCCCGCUAGGUGUGAUAAAAAUCGAGGACCAAAGUUUGUGGGUGAACAACGUGCUGCAGGGGCCGAUGCCGACGGAGUACCUGCAGCAGAGCGACAAGCUGGCGCAGUCGCAGGCGCCGGCCCAGCAGCUGGCGCCGACUACCGCGCGACCGCGGGCGAGCACCAGGCCGCGGCCGGCGACCACGCGCCGAACGACCACGCGCCGGACGACCGCCCGCCCCACGCAGAAAGCUAACAAAAAGAGGAGGCCCUGCACGCAAUCGCCAGGAUUCCUUGAUGAUUAUUUUAGGGAAAAUCGGAUACAGAAGGCGCCGAAGAAGGAGGAGAAAUCAGGUUGGUUCGUAGGAUUCCUGUCUGGAAUAAUCUCGUGGAUAUCGCCGUGGUUCAGUGGGGGGUGGUUUAGCGACUCCCUGGAGCAGAAGUCCACCUCCACCACCACGACGCCCUACCCCCCCUCCACGUCCACAGAGGGCUGGUUCCAGAAUCUCCUCAACUCCGAGGAGAACGAGGAACCCAAUAGCGACUCACCAAAGAAACCUAGGAAAAAGUCCCUAAAGAAGAAUUACAAAGGUUAUCAGCUCUUGCGGACGUAUGCUGAUGCGCAAUGGAAGGUGCGGGCAUUACUCGAUCUGCAGGAGGAUGCGGAGGGAUCCGGCGUCAUGUGGUGGACUCCGCCCUCCCUCGGCAGUUCCACCGACCUCCUCGUACCUCCUGAUCUCCUGGUAGAUGUUAAAGAGCAGCUAAAAUCUUCGAGUAUAGAGUACGACGUCGUCAUUUGGGAUUUGCAAAAAGCUAUAAUGUACGAGAACCCCAAGUUGUCGAAGAAGCAGCGUCUCGAGUUAGAGCACGUGCGAGGUCACCCCAUGACGUGGCGGCGCUACCACCGUUACGCCGACAUUCUGCGGUACCUGGAGUAUCUGCAGCACUCUCAUACAGACCUCGUCGAGCUCGUGCCAUUGGGAAGGUCGUCUGAAGGCCUACCUCUCAUCGCUGUCAAGGUGUCCAAAGGGGUAAAUGAAACGAGAAAGAACGGUACCGCUAAUCACAAGAAGAAGUACAAGUUGCGGUCGAAUAUGAAGCCGGCGGUGUGGAUAGACGGCGGGACACACGCCUGCGAGUGGAUAGCCCCCGCCGUCGCCACCUGGAUACUGCACCACCUGGUGGAGGGAGACAAGAGUACUGGUAACGACCAGGAUAUCCUGAAAUUGGCAGACUUCUACAUCCUGCCGGUCUUGAAUCCCGACGGCUACGAGCACACGCACACACACGACCGCCUCUGGAAGAAGACGCGCUCUCAGAACGGAGACAGAUCCGACGAUUACUAUAUUAGUUGGUUCCCAUGGAACUGGGGCCGGACGGAGUGCGUGGGGGUAGACGCCGACAGGAACUGGGACUUCCACUGGGGGGAGAAGGACUCCUCCAGGGACCAGUGCGCGGACAACUACGCGGGACAGCAGCCUUUCAGCGAGCCCGAGACGAGGGCCGUCUCCGAGUUCCUCGCAGAUCGGAGAGGGCAAAUAAAGGUUUUUAUAUCGCUGCAUGCUUACUCCCAAUCGUGGCUGCUACCGAGCACCCACGCCAACACACCCUUCUCCGACGACGGCACCAUGAUGGAGAUGGGCAAACUCGCCACCGCCGCACUCGCUGAUAUGUAUGGAACUAAGUACAAGGUUGGAACCGUCGAUGAGCUUCAGCAGCCUGCGUCAGGCAUGUCCCACGACUGGGCGAAGGCCAGAGCAGGAAUCAAAUACUCGUACCACGUUGACCUUCGGGACUCCUUCGGGCCCUACGGCUUUCUCCUACCGGGCUCCCAAAUCGUCUCCACCGCGAAAGAAACCUGGCAAGCCGUCAAAACUAUAGUAGAAAAUUUAGAAUAAUAAUUAUUAUUACAAAGAAUUUAGAUGAAAAUGCAAUUGUAAGUUUCGACAACGAAGUAAGUAUUCAAAAUGUAGGGAGUUCAUAAAUCGAAUCGCUAGAAAAAUGGCACUUGCGAAUUGCGAUGCAUUAUGCCAAAUCACAUCUUUGACUUCUCUAUUUCGUUGGCGGAAUUAUCGAAUGCUAGUAGUCUUAAGUACCCUGUACCUAUCAUGGAAACAUUUGGCUCAGUAAAUUUGCUCAAUACACUUGCUCAAUUAGUCUGUAAGUAUUUAUUUUUAGAUUUAAGUAGACAAAUGUUAACACACCAAACUUUUUGCUUGAUUCCUAUGAAUUACCUAGAUCUUUUAAAUAUUAAUUUAUGUCGCGAUG